CUACGGGGAUAGAAAGCUGAUAUCAUGUUCCUGAGCAGUUUAAAGGUUAGCUCUAAUGCACAGGUCUUUAUAUAGUCCUGUCAGAGUGAAUCUGAGUUCCCUGGCUAAAACCAGGCAGCAUGUUGCCCUAGUCUGUUGUCUGAAUGAGGGACAUUAGCAGAGGUUCUUACAGCAUGUUGCAUCACAUUAACGUCUGGCCGGGCUGUAACCGGGGCUCUGGUUCAGGGGUUGGGACUGGGUCUGGCUCUGGGCUGACUGGAAAAGGAGCUGAGAUUUGGGCUCUGAAUGGAGCUGAACAGCAGUAAACUCAUGUUCUAUUGUUGAGGGCAAUGUACUUGUAAAAUUAGGAAAUGGCUCAUCAUAAAACAUCUUUGUCCUGAGGCUGCCCAAGGUCUGACUCAUUUUCAUAAGUGCGACAACCACAGACACAACGUUUUGCAAGUAAACCAAAUAAACACAAGAUUCCAGAACGACCAUCAGUGUUCACCAGUGUUCAUCACCAUUAUGAAAGUUCUUUUAAUGUCAUGGGAUAUAUGGCAUGACUGGUUUCUCUUCAUGGGAUAUAGGUUCUGCAGGGACUGUGCAGCUAAAUACUUUUCAUGUCCACUCUGUAGGGCAGGAGUCUUACAGUGACACUAGAUAGGUAGGUGUGUAAGUUGUGUCGGUUGAUGCCCGGUGUGUGUUUCUUGUACAUGAUAGUAUGCCUAAAGGGUGUCUCCCUUCUCUCACUAAUCUCUGCUGGUCCUGCCCACUCCUAAAGGGAGAGCAUGUGACUCCCAGAGAAGUGUGUGUGUCUGUGUGUUUUGAAGUGUGUGUGUGUGUGUGAGUGGGCGUCUCCAUUUGUCCAUAGCUCCAUGUGCUUGAGCACACCCAUACCAUAGAGGUGUGCUGCGCCAUUCAUUUGACAUGUCUCUACUUUCUUUCUCUCUCUUACACUCAGCGUACUCACUUAGCGUUAGCCAGUCCGGUCAUUUUUGGGCUUUCCUCUGACGUGCUUCAGCUUGGUUUAUUUUGUGCGUUUUUUUUUCCAUGCUAACUUUUCCUCAACAGUGGAGGAGCAAGGUAGGAGGAGCUGAGUAGAGCAGAGUGUCGUUCUCUAUCUCUUUCUUUUUCUCUCUCUCUCUCUCUCAUACACACACACACGCUCCCUCCCUCACUCACUGCCGCUGGAGCAACCAGAGUCUGUGCACUUCCCAGCUCACUCUGACGAGAGUGGGAGCAGGACUUCUUGAGGCUUUUUCAACGGCUUUCAAAGAAAACUUUGCUACUUUUUUUCCCCUGCCAGACGCAAAAAACCGAGGCGACACGGGGAGCCAUAGUUGGCAACCAAAGAAGCGACGGAAGAGAGAGAGUAAAGAAGACUUUGUCAUUUGUACCUUAAUUAAACAGAAGAGCACGUGGCUGGCCACUGGCCCUUCACAGACCCAGGAGUGAGGUCAUCCUGUAAUUCAUCUUCCUUUGGCGUAGCAGCAUCAACGUAGCUGUUAGUCAUUCGGAAAAGAUACAUCCGUAUACAUACAAAUACAGACACACACACACACGCGCGCAAACAUACCGCGCAAGCGCUCAGGCACUGACAGACCAGGACAAACAAGAUGGUGGCUGGAAUGGUAAUGCCCCUGGCCGAGCUCAGGGCCAUCUACGAGUUAUUGUUUCGAGAUGGCGUCAUGGUGGCCAAAAAGGACAAGCGGCCCCAGACCAAGCACCCGGAGAUCCCCGCCGUUGGGAACCUGCAGGUGAUCCGGGCCAUGGCCUCCCUCAAAUCCCGAGGCUACGUCAGGGAGACGUUCGCCUGGAGGCACUUCUACUGGUACCUCACCAACGAGGGCAUCGUGUAUCUCCGUGACUACCUGCGGCUGCCCGCCGAGAUCGUCCCCGCCUCCCUGCAGAGGGUCCGGAGGCCUACGACCGCUCUGGCCAUGGGAGCGCGGGCAGCCGGAUACCAGAAGGUGGAGGGGCCCACGUCGUAUGUCCCCAAGCCUGGGAGCUGGGCCCGAGGAGAGAGCCUGGAGGCCCAGGCCGAGCGGCAGGGCUACCGCCACCGCAGGCCGGGCGCUGGCGAGACAGGCGGCGAGGAGGCCCACUCCGAUAGGACCCCCAGGUUCAGAGGUCGUCCGAUGGCUGCCGAGCCCGUCAAACCAAGAGCAUUGUGGGAAUCCGACGAGCAGGCCCAGCCCCCACCCAGGAAAUGGCGGGAUCAUGCGGUGAGCGACGACAGCCAGGUGAAACAAGUUUCCACGGAGGCCUUCUCUCGCCAAGCCCCAAUUGCCAAACCAGUGAUGACAUCAAAGCAGACAAACCUGACAGAAGAACGCCGCGAGACCAGCCUAGUCCAGGUCCAGAAGACAACCGUAGUUUCACAGACCGUGUCUAAGUCAGCCCCUUCCACAGGAUCCGUUCCUGUGGUUGUGGCAGCAGCAGCAGGUGCUGGUGGUGCACUGGCAGCCAAGGUCCUAGCUGACUCCUCCAAGUCAGGGGCACCGAAAACCAAGCUAAGUGCAUCAUCAGAGAAGAUCACCUCAAAGCCUGCAGCCCCAACACCCCCACCUGCCAAAGACGUCAAGCAAGAGAAGACAGACAAAGUGAAGGCAACUCAAGGGACCAAGAAAGCUGAGAUGGUCCCAGUGGCCAUCGAGACCCCCAAACCGCCCACUGCCUCAUCCAGUGAGCUCAUGGAGAAGAAGACCGUUCAGGUUAAGGUGACUCAGGAAAUCCAGAAAGCUGAAGGCGUUUUAGUGUCGCUUGAGAGCGCCAAACUCUCAGCUACGCCUUCUAAACCACCCACACCUGCAUCACCACAGCACAACGGUAACGCUGCCAGAACUGCCAAGGAAAACAAAAAGACAACCGAAACUAAAAAGGUGUCUGAGGAUGUUUUCAAAUCUCAGGAUAUCGCUAAAGCUGAGAAACCAGCAUCUGGAAAUGUCUCCCAGGAAGUCAGACCUGCCAAACCUGAGCUGGUGAAGCCAGACCUUCCAGAACCUUCAGAGCCUCAGGAACAAGCACCUGCAGUCAAAGAGCCUGUGCAGGUUCCAAGAUCAAAUGGAGAAGUGGAGCAGAAGGCCUCCAAACCUGUUCUGACAGAGGGCCGCAUAGAUGCACCAGUUAAACCAGAAUCACCCCCACCAGCACCACCACAAGUCCAGCCCCAGGCAUCCCUUCCAACACCCCCUCCAGCAGCCCAUCCCCCGGCAGUUCCCGAACCUGAGCCUCCAUGCCCCCUGCUGGAGAAGCAGAGGGCAGAGGAGACCGUCACGGUCAGUGAGAUAACCACCACGCUCAGCCAGCAGACCCAGGGACCCCCGGGGUCUCAUGAGGACACGUCCAGCUCCGAGCUCAGCUCAGUGACCCACACAAAGACAGUGAAGUCCACCACAGAGACCACCGUCACCCGGGUGGAAAGGCAAACAGUAGCUGUUCAGCAGACUAACAAAGUCCAGCUCACUGAGGCGAUGACCCAACCUCCUGCAGUGGCGUCGGAACCUCCCAAACCUCCUGCGCACCCCGAGGCUAAAGCCCCCGAAGACGUGACUCUCGGUGCUUCUUCAAAGCCGAAGAAAAAAGCCAAAGGGAAGAAGCAGGUGGCGGCCCCAGAGCCACCCAUCCACCCAGAGGCGGAGGUCCUGACCAAGGCUGUAGGUAGCUCCGACCCCAGCUCAGCGUCAGCAGUUAUGGAUAGCUCUGCUGGGCAGCCCGCAGGAAGAAUGCGAGGUGAAGAGUGCAGGCCGGCAGCAGCAGCUGUGCAGGCUGUGGCCCCGGCAGACAAAGAGAGGGAGGAGCCAGCCCCGCUCUCCACUGAAAAAAUCAAACGGGAGGUCUCGAAACCCAAAACAUCCUCCUCUGCGAGGGAAGCAGCGGCUGGCGGAGGGACAGCGUCAGCAGCAGCGGAGGCAGAGCGGCCCAGCCCCCUCACAAGUCAGGGGGAGCCUCCCAGAGUUGCACAACAGUCGGCAGCCCAGCCAACGCUCAGCACAGAGAAGCACGAGAGGAGCCUCCCUGUGAGCCAGGCCUGUGAGCACCAGCAGGAGGAGAAGGAUCCGGAACAGCCCUCAGACAGAAGCUCCCCACCCUCGGACAAAAAGCCAAAGGACUGCAAGCCCGGACACCAGUCUGUGGACGAAGCAGCCAUGAGGAAGAAGAUCGUGGUGGUGGAGGAGGUGGUGGAGGUGAAGAUGAUCGGCAGCCCCGGGGUGGCCGGAGGAUCACCUCCCCCCGUGGCCGCCGUCACCGAGGCGACCGGCGAGGAGGUGGAUAUGGACGUUCUGGAGGCCUUUGCCAUCAAGAGGGCAGUUCUUUCCGGGGCGGACGCUGCGAGCUCGGUGCCGGAAGACGACUGGGAUCACUCUCUGGACGAACCGGAGGACAAGACCUGGCCCAACUUCUUAGAAGAUGAACGGGAUAGAGUCCAGAAGAAAACCUUCACCAAAUGGGUGAACAAACACUUGAUAAAGGUAAGGUCUCUCUGUCAGUGUGUCCCUGUUAACUUUGUACGUGUACACAUGAAAACUGUACACACACACACACUUUCCCAAGAAGUACCCACACUCAUUUCAAUAUCAUUUCAAUCAAAGCCAUCUAUAACAGUCAGGUACAUUUCCCCAAAUGGAAUAGUGGUUUUCUGGUUUCUUGUAAUCCUACCACAGUAGCUGUCAAAGGACCAGACCCCAUAAACUGGUACGUGCUGGCAGAUUUGAGAUGUUUCUAUAGUGAAUCAUCGUUCCUACUGGCCCGCAACCGCAGCAGGCUUGGCUGUGUGUUGUUUUCAGGGUUAACAUUUAGACUUUGGCCAAAGUCUCAGGCUCCCGAGAUCACUCUGGCUGUAAUUACUGAAGCUCUCAUAUGCGGCCUGUUGUGUGACGUUGCUGGCAAGAUGUUUUUUUUGUUCUUUCCUGAUUCCAGAUGAAAGUCAGGGUUAUUUCCUCUAGACCAGGACGUGCAGGUAGCAGUUCAAGCCAUCCACUUUGGCUCGUCUGAGGGACUUUGUAAACUCACGGUUGUCACUCCUCUCGUCUCACUUACCUCACCCCUUCCAUCCCCAACAUGGGGCUACAAAGCUUUCAUUUCAUCGGCCUGGGGCACCUAAAAGAGAGGUGGAGUGGUGGAGCAGAAGGCUGGACGGGAGGUUUGACGUGCAAGUGGAAGUAGGGUGGAGGUAGAAACUCAAACAUGGCCUUGGGAGUUUUUCAUUAAAAAUGAGAAAUGACCCCCUUGACAGAUUGCCACACCCUCAUGAACAUGUGAAAAUCCCCUGGCUGCUGUCACUCUGCCUCUGACAAACUGCCCCUGUUACCAGCCCCUCGUACCCCAGCCUGAACAGGUCUGAGGACUCAGGGAAACCCAGUCUCUCCCUGUAGAAGGAAACCCAUUCCUUUCACAUGGAAAAAAACCCCAGAAGGACCACACCAAAAAAAACGAUUGUUUUCAUUUCCAUGAUGUGCCUUGCUAACAUGCUCUGGUCCCGAUAGAACACAAGCUCUCUUUUCUCCGAGAGCUUUCUGCUAACGUGUGAGAGUGAGUCACAGACAUCUGGAUGUGCUUAGGUUCCCUCUGAGGCUGGUUCUGCUGGCUGGGCAGUGGGCCUGGUGGUGGGGGGGGGGG